AACGUGAGUUAUCUUUCCUUGAUCCGGAACGUAGUGCGCUUGCGUAAUUUCGUUUCAGACUUCCGGGUAGUAUAUUCAGAAAGCGUCAUUAACAACACUACGGACGACAGUGCAAAAUGCCACAGAGAUAUUGCUGUAUUUGCAGCAACCACGCGAACAAAUAUGUUGACGGUAAAAAAAUUACAAUGCACAGGUUUCCUUCAAACGAUAAAGUAAGGAAAGUGUGGAUAAAACGCUGCCAUAUGAUUCGAUCAGACUUCAACUUUAAGAAUUACGAUCAGACGAGGUUGUGUUCGGAACAUUUUGUGGGCAAAUGUGGACCAACUAAGGAACAUCCAAUACCAACUUUGUUCCCAACACGGAUAUUUAAAUUAUCAAGAAUGGAUGCUUCAGAGUCAACAUCAGAUGCUUCUGAUCAGAACAAGGAAGAAUCCAUGGAUACUAGUACUGAGAUGGAAUCCGUGCAGACGGCUGACACCAGCUUGCAUACAACUGGAGCCUCUGAAUAUGCGUCUCUAGAUAUGCAUGACUAUUUCGGUAGUGAAUUCACCACUGUUACCAGUGAUUUUGUACAUGUUAACAAAUGUACACAAACUGUUUUCGCAGUGUCUCAAGAUCAAAGCGUACAGACCAACAAAAUGAGUACAGAAUUGAAAAAUAAUUUCUGCCAGACAGAUUCAAACAAGUGUGAUUUUUUAUGUCAAGCUUCAAAACCCGAUAUAGUGUUUGAGGAUAUACAGGAAUCAGAUGAGAAGAUUAUGUUUUACACAGGAAUUCCAAACAAAGGUACAUUUAAUUUACUGUUCAAUGAGAUUGUUGUCCCAUAUCACAGAACUCAAACAGAUACCGUUAAGAACUGUGGGGGGAGACCAAGAUGUCUGCGAAUAAUAGACGAGUUCCUCCUCGUGCUUAUGAGACUUCGACUUGGACUUCUCAUAGAAGAUUUGAGUGACAGAUUUCACAUCUCCAGAUCAACAUGUGCAACAAUCAUUAACACUUGGAUUGACUUUUUAUCCGUGAAUCUUUCUUUUCUCAUAUCUUGGCCUGACAAAGAAACAAAUGAUAGAACAAUGCCAGUCGAUUUUCAAAUGAAAUACCCAAACUGUCGUGCCAUUAUUGACUGUACAGAAUUUUUUACAGAAACUCCACAAUCUCUUUCAAACAAGUCCCUCAUGUUUUCACACUACAAAUCACACUCGACAUGGAAAGCACUUCUAGCAAUUAAUCCCCGAGGAGUUAUUACAUUUGUCUCAGAUUUGUGGGGUGGCAGCAUUAGUGAUAAACAAUUAUUUAAGAAAUGUGGAAUUUUAGAUUAUCUAGAGGCUGGAGAUCAAACUAUGGUUGACAAAGGCUUUUUAAUUUCUGAUUUAACAACCCCUAAAGGUGUUGAAAUUAUCAUACCACCAUUCAAACGCAAUGGAAGAUUUAGUAGACGAGAAGUGGAGGAAACACGUCGAAUUGCAAAUUUGAGAAUUCACGUAGAAAGAGCCAAUGAGCGUGUGAAAAACUUUCGAAUUUUACAAGGAACAAUGCCUAUUACCUUGUCUAAAGUUGCUAGUAAAACUUUCAAAAUUUGUGUUGCUCUCUCAAAUCUGCAACCUCCUCUGGUUCUCAGAUGAUUGAAAUACAUUAUUCUGAGAUUCAUGUACGACUUUUCAAACAAUUUUUAGGUAAUAUUGUGUAUCAUUUUCAACCAGCAGUACAUUAUAAGUUUUCUUUGACUACAUGAAUGAAUGUCAUUUUGAGAAAUAUAUAUGUAUGUGGAUGUUAGGAAACUACUAGUAUACAAAUAUUUCCAAUGAAUUGGAUUGUGUUCUACUAUAUCAUCAUGUAUCACAGAAAGGAUGAAUCCAAUACAUGUAUAUAAUUUAAAUUGUUCAAAUGUGAUAAAUCUGCUUUUAUCAAACAAACAUUGUUUUGUUGUAUUUAUUUCAUUUGCAACAACAAGUGGGGAUCAAAUAAUUAUGUAAAAUAAUGAAAUUGAAAAUAUG